AUGGGGUUUAAACGUGAAGCUGAGCCAAGAUUGAAGGAGGCUGGGAAUGAAGGCAAACAUACAAAGGUUAUGAAUGGGGGAAAUGAAGCUGAAAAAGAGCACAAAAAGGGGAGUAGACAGCGAAGGAGCUUUAAGAGUCCCAGAGCUCAUAAGAAUUCUGAGAUCAAAGGUAAGAGCCCCAAAAUUCUUGAUUUUUCGGAGGAAGGUUUGAUUGAUGUUCAGGUGGAUUUGGCUCUAGAAGGGGUGUUGGGAGAUGAUCAGCAAAAAAGGAGCAAAGAAUCUGUUACAAAAGUCUCUGGAAAUGGCGGUGGUGGCUGCCUUACAGCCACAAGGUCGCCAUGA